AUGACGGAGCAGUUCAGACAGCUGCUGAGCACGCGGAGGAUGAACGACCUGACGACUCGCUCGACGGCCCAAAUAUCACGCUCUGGUUCUCCAGGACCGACUGAUUAUCGGAGAUCACUGCACAGCGGCUCCGCGCAACAACAGCAACAACAACAACAACCUCCGUCUUACUCUUCACUUCGAAACAUACCUCUCGUACCAACACCGCCUUCAGAUCCGAAAUCGCUGCGCUUUCGCAAUAAACUACUAUCCCUAUCCGACGUACCACGGCGCUGGGAGAACCCUGGUCUGCUCGACGAAGCAUUGCGCGCAGUGCCGCUGGAACAAAUAUACAAUGAAGCAGAGGAGGAAAGCCAGAUUCUACGAGCAGAGGCCGAGAGCUUAGGUGGCGGCAAGAAGGCCAUGUGGGGUUAUCAAGACUGUGUUGUUCGAGCGCUGCUCCGGUGGUUCAAGCGAUCGUUCUUUACCUACGUCAACAACCCGCCUUGCUCGAAGUGCAUGUCUCCAUCAAUCGCCAUUGGCAUGGCUGCGCCCAUUCCCGACGAACAGGCCCGCGGCGCCAACCAGGUCGAGCUCUAUCAAUGCAUCAACGAGGUCUGCAAGCACUACGAACGCUUCCCGCGAUACAACGAUGCAUUCGUCCUUUUGCAAGAACGACGAGGCCGCGUAGGCGAGUGGACCAACUGCUUCUCGAUGCUCUGCCGGGCUGUCGGCUCCAAAGUUCGUUGGGUGUGGAACAGUGAAGACCACGUCUGGACCGAAGUCUACUCCGUGCACCGUAAGCGAUGGAUACACGUUGAUGUUUGUGAGGAGGUUUGGGACAAGCCGUUGCUCUACACUCUAGGCUGGGGUAGAAAACUAGCCUACUGUAUAGCGUUCUCGGCGGAAGGUGCCAUGGACGUCACUAGGCGCUAUGUCCGGAAUCCACAGACUCACGCCGCAGACCGCAACGCGGCCCCCGAGUCCGUCGUACUGCACAUCAUGGACGAGAUCCGAGCGAUCCGUCGCGGGAAGAUGACCAAGCAAGACAAGUUCCGUCUCGAAGGCGAAGACAUGAGGGAGAACCGCGAGCUGCGCCACUAUGUUAUCCACGCCAUCGCCUCGGAGAUUAUCAAGCUGAAACCAGCCGACAUUGUCUCAGGCCGGAUACCCCAAGUUACCAGGAGCGAUGCCGACGCUCAGAAGGCAGCCGAGAGCAGACAGAAACAGGAAUGGGUCCGCUCUCGAGCGCAAGGCCGAGGCAACCCUAACCAGCACCACCAACACGACCAAGGACACCGGUGA